AAAGAUAGAGGGGAGACCAGUGACUCUUCCACAUGCGUGACACCUUCUCCAGUCUCAGCCUCUCCCACAGAACAAAUUAAUAACAAAGACAUGAGGGAAUUCACCAUGCCAGUACUGUCCAGUGGUGGGCCCACAAUGUCCACUACAGGGCUGACCAGGUCUAAUAAAAUAACCACCUCAUCUUCCGGUACAGGUCUUAACAGACUGAUGAAUGGACCUCUUGCCAAUAGUAAUUCCAAUGUGAUCAUCAGAAGCCAGAGGAACAGGUUACGCCAUAGCAUGCCAGAGCCUGGACUGUCUGAUACAGACGAUAAAGAUGAUGAGCCUGAACACAUAGGCCACAGCAGAAGUAAAACCAUGCCACCCUCAGAUCUGGGCACUGGACUGAACCGACCCAAGAUGAACAGCAGAAAACUGGCCAUGGUCAACUUAGACAGGGUGAAGAACGCCAAGAUGAUUGCAGAAAAAGCUGCCAAGCAACGCCGAGUGUUCACCAUUGUUGGGCCCUACCCCACUAUGAGAACGACUAUGAGAAAGAGAGGAUGGGUUGAGAAGUUUUAUCGCACAGAGAGUAACCCAAAGAAAUCCCCAAGAAAGAAGAAACCAUCCAAUGGCGGAGAUGAUGACGAUGAUGAUGAUGACGACGACGAUGAUGAUGGAGAUUAUGAUGAUGAUGAUGAUAUGGGUAAGGAUGAAAAUGCUGUUCCUCCUUGGGAAGAAGAAGAUGGGAUUUAUGGCAUUAUGUCCCGUGUGAUCAGAAAUGUGACCCCCACCUUCAUCUGGAGUGUCAGACGUGAUGCCAUUGACUGCAAGUUCCUGAGGAAAGAGCAAAUGUUCAACCAUUAUGGAAAGGCCACUUUUACAACAAAGGUUGGUCUUCUUGGUGGUAUGAGGAACACUUUAUGGUUUGAAGAUGCUGACCCAGAUGCAUUUUUUCCACGUUGUUACAAACUGAGUAAUGAUGAAGAGAAAGAGGCCUUUACUGAUGACUACAGGUUCACCACCUGCAUGAACAUCCUGAAGUGGGUGGUUGAAAAAUCAGAGUAUGUAGAUAUAGCAGAUGACACAGCAGAUGUGCCAGAGAGCCCCAGAGCAGAGGCACAACCAGAGCAAUCCCAACUACCACAAUCACAACUACCACAAUCACAGCAGGUGCAAUGCACAAACCCUGACUGUACCAAGUCAAAGCCUGGAAGUACAGAGGGCAACACCUGUAUUCAUCAAAGUCAGAGUUCUAGUUUACUGUCUCCCAGAGUAGCUUCAACUAGUCCCAGUAAAAGUCCUACAGUCGGCAGCAUCACACCCAGGUCUAAGAAGGGCAAGAAAAAGGGCGGUCUUGUCCCCAUGAGGGCUGUAGACCUGUCCAUACAGCAGUGUGAGAAGUUCCUACAGGAGAGAGAACACCUGGAUGUGGACCUGGACUCUGAUCCACAUGAACUGUCACCUCCUCAGUGGGAUCAGAUAAUCCAGUGGUUUUACCAGUUAGUUCAUGAUGGUGCUACAAUCCAGAAUGCCAGGGCGCGUAUACAGGAAUGCCAGAUCAUGCUGGACAGGCUCAGGGAACACUGGCCGCAGCUGGACCUGGAUGGAACGAGGAACGUCUGGAUUGUCAAGCCGGGCGCCAAGUCUCGUGGUCGCGGAAUCACGUGCUAUGACAGGCUAGAGGACAUGCUGGCGCUGGUCAGCAGCUCCGUGGUGAAGAAGGACAGCAAAUAUGUGGUUCAGAAAUAUAUGGAGAGGCCUGUACUUGUUCACAACACAAAGUUUGACAUCCGCCAGUGGUUCCUGGUGACGGACUGGAACCCUCUGACCAUGUGGUUCUACCAGGACUGCUACCUCAGGUUCUGUUCACAGGAAUACACACUAGAGGACUUCAAUGAGUCCAUCCAUCUUUCAAACAAUGCCAUACAGAAGCACUAUGAAAACAAUGCUAGUCGUUCCUCAGAGCUUCCAGAUGAUAACAUGUGGAGCAGUGAAGAAUUCCAGCAAUAUUUGGAUAAACGUGGAAUUGGUAGAAAAGUGUGGCAGGAAGUGGUGUAUCCAGGGAUGAAGAAGGCUAUACUCUGUGCUUUACUCACGGCACAGGAUGUGGUGGAGGGCAGAAAGAAUUCCUUUGAGUUGUAUGGUGCUGACUUCAUGUUGACAGAGGACUUCAGGCCGUGGUUGAUUGAAAUUAACUCCAGCCCCAGCAUGUGCACCAGCACCAAAGUGACCGCCGAGAUGUGUCCAGCUGUCCUGGACGAUGUGGUCAAAGUUGUUGUGGACAGAAAAUAUGACAAAAACUGUGAUAUCGGACGCUUUGAGCUCGGGUACAAGCAGCCCACUGUCAAUGUUCCACCUUACAUUGGCCUGGACAUGUCUGUGGAAGGCUGUGGGAUUAGAAAACCAGGCUUCGUCCGUAAACAGCAAUACAUGGAUACCUCUUCUAGUCGGGACAACAACUCAACCUUAGUCUCGGGAGAUACCUCACCUCGAAAUUCCACCGACAAGGCAGCUACAUCAAAAGUCAAUUCUGUGACACCUAAAACCUCACAAGACUCGUCAUCCAGCAAUACUCAAGCUAAGGAGCCUCCAAAAGUGGUUGUGAAACCCAAGUUAAGACUUUCGAAUAGCGAACCCAAGUCAACCCGUCCAACGAUUGUUGGAGCACAGAAUAAUUUUAACAGCAAGAUGAUCACAGUGAGACAGUCGUCCAAACCUCCAGUGUUAGCAUCAACGGAGGAUGUUUCUCCCCCUCCUCCAAUGGCCUCUGUGUCACCCAUUAUUUCUUCACCAAGAGGUAAUUAUAACGUGGUCAUUAAACAUAAAACCAGGAAAUUGUUAAAGAAAUACGAAAAGUACACCAAUGUUAGUAAGAGGGAGGAUUUGGAACAAAAGUAUGGGCUUACCCUGCCCAAGGUCCCCUACGCCAAUAUCCCUGCGUUGAAUGCCAGGGAGAAGAGUUUCCAGUUGACCAAAAAGCCCAAACUUAGGUUAAUCCGAGCUCUCUCCCCUGAUAGCCUCAGCACUGACCGUACACGCCCUGGUCAGUUUAAUCAUUUGUUCAGGGUACUGGACAAUGCAGUGUGACUACUGAUAUAUACGUACUUGUAGCUGUUAUGUAUAAUGGCGAUAAGGCUUGGUUUAAGUAUUUAUUUUGUGCAGUUGAAGUGGAAGCUUUUGUUGAAUUAUUGUUGAAACUUCUACUACACUUGCAGUGCUUUUAUAUGAGAAAAUGUUAUUGAACAUUAUCGUAUACGCUUGGCUAAAUUUAAAAAU